GGGGCAGGGAGCGGCAAGCAUCGAAACGGCGAGCGCGAGCGGCAUAGUGACAGGGAGCGGCUAGCGCAUUUCGGGUGGAAGAUGCGAUAGGGCCGCGGCUGGCUUCUUUUCGCCAUGGAUUUGUGGGUCGAAGUGCGGACCGGUGAGAGGAGGUAUUACUGGAACGCUUCCAAAGAGGACGUCCUUUGGGAUCCUCCCCCCGGCGUGAGGGUGGUUUGGGCGGCAGAGAAGCACCCGGAAACCGGGAAGACUUAUUACUGGAACAAGGAGACCAGCGAGAGCGUGUGGACGCUGCCGAUUUGGAAGCCGGAGCGAGGAGCGCAGCCGGUGCAGCCGCAGCCGGUGCAGCCAGUGCAGCCCGUGCCCGUGCCAGCGCCAGUAGCGCAGCCGGCGCCAGGCACCGUGGGCGGCUUCAGGCCCAGGCAGAGCUGGGCCGAUGUCCGGGACGCGCCCUACGAGCUGGAGGAGUUCGCGCCCUCCGCCGGCCAGAGGAUCCUGGGCUCCCUCACCGGCCGGGGGUUCGGAGGCUUCAGCGGAGGCAUGGACACGCACGCGCGGUGGAAGGAAGACUACGACGAUGGCCGCUGGUGGGUGGGCUGCCGCCGGAGGUUCCUCCACGAGGUGGCUGCAGUUCGGGGAGUGCGAGAAGCCAGCGCCGCCUGGGAGAUGCUGCCGGACGAGUUGGACCCGCAGCGCCUGGCGCUGCUGGACUUGGACUCCACCGCCAGUACCGCCUCGGUCUUCCCGGCGGAGUUCUGCAUCGCCGGGGCGGAUCCGGAGGGGCCCAGGCGGUCCGGCACCGUGUGCCCAGGAUACUUGGUGGCGGCCUUCGGGGACAGUCCCUAUGAGGUCGCAGAUGCCAUGUGGACUUUGUCGCAGGCCUGGUGGGCCCUCGUUAAGGCCACGAGCCGCCUGGUGACGCUGGUCUUCGUGACUGGCUUGGGGGGCAACAGCCUGGAGGCGGACGCCCAUGAGGAGGCCAGCUUUCUGGAGCUGUACCGGCGGUGCCUGAUGCAGGCCCCGGCUCCGCUGAUCUUCGCCGCGCAGCGAAAGGGCGGAGGCCGGCGGCCGCGGCUGUUGGGGGGCUGGCAGAUCUUGAAGGCUCACAGGGACCAGGCGGAGGAGUGGCUGCACCCGGGCAGUUGGAAGUGGGGCGGAGCAGAACGCUGGGGCUCGGCGCCGUCCGGGCCCUCUGGGCCUUCGCAUCCCGGGCGCGGCGGCAAAGGCGCAGGCCGCUGGGAGGAUGAGGCCUGGGACGCCUGGGAGGCCUGGGAGGACGACUCCGAGGACGCGCUCCUGGAGAGCGUCACCGCCUUCCUGGGCUCCGGUCCCAAGGAGGUGCAGGAGUUGGCCUCCCUCUUCGCGGGCCGCUUCAAUGCCGUGGUGCGGGCGGACCCGCGCAACGGCUUCAGCCAGGAUAAGAAGAACGAUGGCAGCUUCAAAAAGUGGCUGCUCACCUGCGGCUUUGAGGCCAGCGCGCUCUUCGACCGGAACAAGUGUAUGAUCUCGGUGCCCCACGCCAAGCGGACCACGCGAGGCACCAGAGGCGGGAGGAAGAACCGUAACGCCGAGCGUGCAGCCAACUCGGAGGGCGAGGACGCAGCUUUUGAGCCGCCCUACGGUCUGCACUCCCACGAGGCG